AUGAGCUUCAAUAUGCACUGGUUACUUCAAUUGCAGCGAGGUGGCCAAUCCGAAAAUAAAACGUUGAUACAGACGACAGCGCCAAGGUACCGAUUAAAAUACGUGUUACUGGAAUUGACGGCGACUAAGAAGAUACACCAGCCGACGAUGCUCGACUGGAAAAAUGAAGAAGGAUUUCGAAUUUCUCAGAGGGAGCUAAAGACAUGCGUCAAAUCACACGAAAUAUCAACCUAA